CAUCCUCUCGAAACAGACAGUCGCUUUAAGGACUCGCAUCUUGGACGCAUCGACAUCCAGAGUAUCUGUGGAAGGGCCAGACAACAUGAUGUCCACAUCGCGCAUAUCCCAUCACAUCUACCCGGUUCGUGAUGAUGUAUUCGACUCUUACUCUCUCAUUCAUCCUCGCCCAUACCUGCCGUGCUCCCACCAACCGAGAUUGCCGAACCCGACGCGUCCCCAUAGACACCUUCGUGAAGGCUUUGUCUCAGGUUUCCCCGCAACCAACUAGGACAAAAUCGGGUACCACAGUUCCGAAAUCUCCAAUCAUUCUACUUUACGCUGGCAUACGGUGGUCUCCGACCCUAGGGCCGGACUGCUGAAGUACAUCCCGCCGACGUUCUCUUUGACUGGCCCGAGGGCCCAAAGACCACGAAUUCCCUCGCCGGCAGGGUGAACCUGGUCCGGUAUCCUAAGGACGACGGGGAAUCUCGGUGGAGAAUAAGUCACCCGUAAAAGCUAGCGACCGGAUCAACGAUAUGUGGACCCUGACACAGAUGGAAGAAUAUCUCGAAGAUGUCCUCACGCUCAGGCAUAUGUAUGGUUUACCGCAUCCUACGGCGGGUCCGACCGCGCUCCUUUGGUCGCUCUAUUCGACUUAUACGCCGC